GGUCUUCCUACUACAUAUUCAUCAGUCAAAAUGUUCCGCGUUCUUCUGCUAGUAGCUCUGUUAUCUUGCGCAUUGGCUGAAGUGCCAAUGCCAGAUGGCCGAAUUGUCGGCGGUCAGGAGACAACCAUCGAAAACUUCCCUCAUCAGAUUUCCCUCCAAUACGUCCUGAUGGGCCAUAUGUGCGGAGGAUCUAUUUACAAGGAGAAUGUUGUUAUUACAGCAGCUCACUGUGUUGAUGGGGCUCCCACAAGUUUGCUACGUGUUGUAGCCGGAACCACAUCGAAAUCUUCUGGAGGCGUCUCCCUGUCCGUCGACAAGGUUUAUAAACACGAAAACUACAACAGCAAAACUGUCGAGAACGAUAUUGCCAUCAUCAUUACCAAAGGAUCUUUCACUUUCAGCGAAAAGAUUCAACCAAUUGGACUUCCAGCUGCUAACGAUGAAGCCCGUGCCGGAAGCAAAGCUAUUGUCAGCGGAUGGGGAUCCUUGAAAGAGGGAGGCCUUUCACCAUCAAAACUGCAGUACGUGGAAGUUAAUAUUGUGAGUUUGGAGGAAUGUGCAAAAGCCUAUGGAAGCAGUAAUCCAGUCACCGAGAGCAUGCUCUGCGCUGGAGUUUCAGGGGGUGGAAAGGACGCCUGUCAAGGUGAUUCUGGCGGCCCAUUGAUCAUUGGCAGCACCUUGGUCGGUAUUGUUUCAUGGGGCUCUGGAUGUGCUCGUCCUGAUUAUCCAGGAGUUUAUUCGAAUGUGGCUUAUUUGCGUAACUGGAUCGACGCUAAACUUGCUUAAUUUAUUAAGGCAACAUUUUUAGGCAACUCUUAAUAAUAUUCUUUGCAAUAAAAUAUUUAAAAAA